UCAAAGCCGAAUAUUUGCCACCCCUAUUUGAGUGUAGGGAUAAAUAAAAAAUUGCAAACCUGAUUGGGUCCUCUCUCUUUCUAUACAACUCAAAUGAGUUCUUACAAGAAUAAAAGCAGAACAGGCAACCUUCUCUGGAGCUUCUUUUCUCCAUCUCUCUCCCGUCUUUCCGUCUCUCACAAACCCAGAUUCCUUGAAACCCUUGUACUAGUUCCACUACCAUUGAAAGGAAUAGCAGACAUGUUGUGCACAUCUCAAGCUUCAACAGCCAUUUGCUUGAGCAUGGAUGAAGCCUCCUCCUCCUCCUCCUCCUCCUCCAUUCAACUGGGCGGUCGUGCCAUCGACCGCCACAACCCCAUCAUUCGGGACCAAAAACGACUCCCCAGAGGAGGUGACCUCCCUGCAGCACCCUGUUCCUCCUCUCAACAACACAUUAAUCCCAAGAAGACCUCAACAAUAAGACCAAAUAAUAAUGAUCGUAAAGGCAAGAAAAGCUCCUCCUCCAAUAAGCCAAAAAAGUCUUCUGAUAAAUCAACUAGUGGUAGUGCUAACCCACUUGAAAAUCAUCGUUUGGCUGCUCCUCUACGUGACUCAUCCAGAUAUCUCUUAAGCGAGACGCCCUUCUUUAAUGGCUUAUCGGAUUAUGACCCUGUCUUGACUAUAGUUCCUGCAGAAGCUGAACCCAGUAAGAUUACUAGUAAUAGUACUCAAGCUCUCACUAUGGCAAAUGACCAAGUCUCUUCAAAGCCCUCAUCUUCUUCUACGUCUUCAGACCAGGUGGUGGUGCUGAGGGUGUCCCUGCACUGCAGAGGCUGCGAAGGAAAAUUGAGGAAACAUCUAUCUAGAAUGAAAGGUGUGACAUCUUUCAACAUAGACUAUGCAGCAAAGAAGGUGACGAUUAUUGGUGACAUAUCACCAGUCACUGCCCUGGCAAGCGUCUCCAAGGUUAAGAGCGCACAGUUCUGGACAUCUUCGAUCGCUCAAUCAUGUGCCUCAGCUAAGAUAUAGGCUGAGUUUGGUAGGGCGUGUGGCCAGCGAUACUGCUAGCGGGGAACAUUGGGACAUGCCCGGCUACCAAACACUCAGGGAAAAUGACAGCAUAUAUGCUGAAUUGAGGAUAUUUUUCAGACGCAAGGGAAAUUUCCUCUCCUCACGCGAUCAGAGUUCACGAUGAUGAUUACUCCCUCUUCCCAGCCAGACCAGAGUUCACUUUGCUACCACUAUAAGUUGACGGUAAGAUAUAGGCUAAGUUUGUUAAAUAUGACUGAUUGUACUGUUUUGUUACAUAUGCUUAAUGUUCUCAUAGGUAAUUUGACAACAUAUACCAUGUCUAAUCAGCGUGUUUUACAAUUUCAUCAAA